CGCUCUGGCCUGCAACGUGUUUCUGGGGCGGAGGCAGCGGCAGUAGAGUUGGCUGCGCGCGGGUGGGGGCUCCCUGUCUCUUCGCUCGUGUCCAUCUCUCUAUCGUCGCCCUCGGCUCCCGACGGGCCGGUCCAGGCCUCGACAUGUCGUACAACUACGUGGUAACGGCGCAGAAGCCCACCGCCGUGAACGGCUGCGUGACCGGACAUUUUACUUCAGCUGAAGACUUGAACUUGUUGAUUGCCAAAAACACGAGAUUAGAGAUCUAUGUGGUCACUGCGGAGGGGCUUCGGCCAGUCAAAGAGGUGGGCAUGUAUGGGAAGAUUGCAGUCAUGGAGCUUUUCAGGCCCAAGGGGGAGAGCAAGGACCUGCUGUUUAUCUUGACAGCUAAAUACAAUGCCUGCAUCCUGGAGUAUAAGCAGAGCGGCGAGAGCAUUGAUAUCAUUACACGAGCACAUGGCAAUGUCCAGGAUCGUAUUGGCCGCCCCUCAGAAACUGGCAUUAUUGGUAUCAUUGACCCUGAGUGUCGAAUGAUUGGCCUGCGACUCUACGAUGGCCUCUUCAAGGUUAUUCCACUAGAUCGGGACAAUAAAGAGCUCAAGGCCUUUAACAUCCGUCUGGAGGAAUUGCAUGUCAUCGAUGUCAAGUUCCUAUAUGGUUGUCAAGCACCCACCAUUUGCUUUGUCUACCAGGACCCUCAGGGGCGGCACGUAAAAACCUAUGAGGUAUCUCUCCGAGAGAAGGAGUUCAAUAAGGGCCCGUGGAAGCAGGAAAAUGUAGAGGCUGAAGCCUCCAUGGUGAUUGCAGUCCCAGAGCCCUUUGGAGGAGCCAUCAUCAUUGGACAGGAGUCCAUUACCUAUCACAAUGGCGACAAGUACCUGGCGAUUGCCCCUCCUAUCAUCAAGCAAAGCACAAUUGUGUGCCACAAUCGGGUAGACCCUAAUGGUUCUCGAUACCUGCUGGGAGACAUGGAAGGACGACUCUUCAUGCUGCUUUUGGAGAAGGAGGAACAAAUGGAUGGUACUGUCACCCUCAAAGAUCUCCGUGUGGAGCUCCUCGGAGAGACCUCCAUUGCUGAGUGCCUAACGUACCUUGAUAAUGGUGUUGUGUUCGUCGGGUCUCGCUUAGGUGACUCCCAGCUUGUGAAGCUCAACGUUGACAGCAAUGAACAAGGCUCCUAUGUAGUGGCCAUGGAAACCUUCACCAAUUUAGGACCCAUUGUGGAUAUGUGCGUGGUGGACCUGGAGAGGCAGGGGCAGGGGCAGCUGGUCACUUGCUCUGGGGCUUUCAAAGAAGGUUCCUUGCGGAUCAUCCGGAAUGGAAUUGGAAUCCACGAACACGCUAGCAUUGACUUACCAGGCAUCAAAGGCUUAUGGCCACUGCGGUCUGACCCCAACCGAGAGACUGAUGACACUUUGGUGCUUUCUUUUGUGGGCCAGACAAGAGUUCUCAUGCUAAAUGGAGAAGAGGUGGAAGAAACUGAACUGAUGGGUUUUGUGGAUGAUCAGCAGACUUUCUUCUGUGGUAAUGUGGCUCAUCAGCAGCUUAUCCAGAUCACUUCAGCAUCUGUGAGGUUGGUCUCUCAAGAGCCCAAAGCUCUGGUCAGUGAGUGGAAGGAGCCUCAGGGCAAGAACAUCAGCGUCGCCUCGUGCAACAGCAGCCAGGUGGUUGUUGCCGUGGGGAGGGCCCUUUACUACCUGCAGAUUCAUCCACAGGAGCUCCGGCAGGUCAGCCACACAGAGAUGGAACAUGAGGUGGCUUGCUUGGACAUCACCCCAUUAGGGGACAGCAAUGGACUGUCCCCACUGUGUGCCAUUGGCCUCUGGACAGACAUCUCUGCCCGAAUCUUAAAGCUGCCUUCUUUUGAACUACUGCACAAGGAGAUGCUGGGUGGAGAGAUCAUUCCUCGCUCCAUCCUGAUGACCACUUUUGAGAGUAGCCACUACCUCCUUUGUGCCUUGGGAGAUGGAGCCCUUUUCUACUUUGGGCUCAACAUUGAGACAGGCUUGUUGAGCGACCGAAAGAAGGUGACUUUGGGCACACAGCCCACAGUAUUGAGGACUUUCCGUUCUCUUUCUACCACCAACGUCUUUGCUUGCUCUGACCGGCCCACUGUCAUCUACAGCAGCAACCACAAGUUGGUCUUCUCCAAUGUCAACCUCAAGGAAGUGAAUUACAUGUGUCCCCUCAACUCAGAUGGCUAUCCUGACAGCCUGGCACUGGCCAACAACAGCACCCUCACCAUCGGCACCAUCGAUGAGAUCCAGAAGCUGCACAUUCGCACUGUUCCCCUCUAUGAGUCUCCCAGGAAGAUCUGUUAUCAGGAAGUGUCCCAGUGCUUUGGGGUCCUCUCCAGCCGCAUCGAAGUUCAAGACACCAGUGGAGGCACAACUGCCCUGAGGCCCAGUGCCAGCACCCAGGCCCUGUCCAGCAGUGUCAGCUCCAGCAAGCUGUUCUCCAGCAGCACUGCCCCUCACGAGACCUCGUUCGGAGAAGAGGUGGAGGUGCACAACCUCCUUAUCAUCGACCAGCACACCUUUGAAGUGCUCCAUGCCCACCAGUUUCUACAGAACGAGUAUGCACUCAGCCUGGUCUCCUGCAAGCUGGGUAAAGACCCCAACACGUACUUCAUUGUGGGCACAGCGAUGGUGUAUCCUGAAGAGGCAGAACCCAAGCAGGGCCGAAUUGUCGUCUUUCAGUAUUCGGAUGGAAAACUACAGACUGUUGCUGAAAAGGAAGUAAAAGGGGCUGUGUACUCUAUGGUGGAAUUUAACGGGAAGCUGCUCGCCAGCAUCAACAGCACGGUGCGGCUCUACGAGUGGACCACAGAAAAGGAGCUGCGCACCGAGUGUAACCACUACAACAACAUCAUGGCCCUCUACCUGAAGACCAAGGGCGACUUCAUCCUGGUGGGCGACCUCAUGCGCUCAGUGCUGCUGCUUGCCUACAAGCCCAUGGAGGGAAACUUUGAGGAGAUUGCCCGAGACUUUAAUCCCAACUGGAUGAGUGCAGUGGAAAUCUUGGAUGACGACAAUUUCCUGGGGGCCGAAAAUGCCUUUAACUUGUUCGUGUGUCAGAAGGACAGUGCUGCCACCACUGAUGAGGAGCGGCAGCACCUGCAGGAGGUCGGGCUCUUCCACCUGGGCGAGUUCGUCAACGUCUUCUGCCACGGCUCCCUGGUCAUGCAGAAUCUGGGCGAGACUUCCACCCCCACACAGGGCUCAGUGCUCUUUGGCACGGUCAACGGCAUGAUUGGGCUGGUGACCUCACUGUCAGAGAGCUGGUACAACCUCCUGUUGGACAUGCAGAAUCGACUCAAUAAAGUCAUUAAAAGCGUGGGCAAGAUCGAGCACUCUUUCUGGAGAUCCUUUCACACUGAGAGAAAGACAGAACCCGCCACAGGCUUCAUUGAUGGCGACCUGAUUGAGAGUUUCCUGGAUAUCAGCCGCCCCAAGAUGCAGGAGGUUGUGGCAAACCUACAGUACGACGAUGGCAGCGGUAUGAAGCGAGAGGCCACUGCAGACGACCUGAUCAAGGUUGUGGAGGAGCUGACCCGGAUCCAUUAGCCAAGGGCAGGGGCCCCCUUCCUGGCCUGCCAAAGGCUCUGCCCUCCCGCCCUCCCCUCCUCUCCCACCACUGUCUUCUUGGCCGCGGGAGGCCUUUCCCUACGCCAGCUGCUCCCAAGCCGCAGUUCGCUCGUGUGGAAGUGGGGCUUUCUUAGAACUAAAACCGGUUCGCUAGACACCUGGGAAUGGGCUGAAGGCGGGAUAUUUUCUCCCUGGAUUUUUACCAGUCUUACAUGAUUCCAGCCGUCGCCUUGGACCACCAAGCCUUGAUUGGUGUUGCCACUCGUCCUCCCUCCUGGGAGGGAUUUUGUAGCUCUUUGGUUGAAAGGAAGCUCGCGUUUCUCUCUCCCCCCCUCCCCCUCCCUCUCUCUCUCUCUCCCCCCCUCCCUCUCUCUCUCUCUCUCUCUCUCUCUCUCUCUCUCUCUCUCUCUCUCUCUCUCCCUCCCUCCCUCCCUCCCUCCUUCUCUCUCCCUCCCUCCCUCCCUCCCUCCUUCUCUCUCCCUCUCUCUCCCUCUCUCUCUCUGCCUCUCUCUCCCUGCCUCUCUCUCCCUCUCUCCCCUCUCUCUCUCUCUGAGGGUGUGAGACACUCAUGCUUUGUCCUCUUCCUUUAUUUAGGUUGUGGGUGUGGGAAGGUUGCAGGCGGAGGGAAGAGGGUCAGGAGGGUUUCUUGUCACUGAAGGGAGAGCUUCCUUUUACUUCUCUUGCCGCUGAGAGCAUCAAGCCUGGAGACCUGUCCAGGGCCAGGGGCUGCCCCAGUGGAAACCUGGAGAUGGUGGAUGAUCCCCAAGCCACAGCCCUUUGUCUCUGGGAACUCCCUUCUUCAGAGAGAAGGAGGUGGGGAGCUGGGAAUUGGUUGUUAGUUUCUGAGUUUUACCAAAUAAAGUAGAAUCUAAGAAGA